GUUGACGGCUCUAAACGGUCCUCCCACAGUAACGCCUAUUUCUUUGGUUUUUGGAAGAGCAAACGUAUCGUACUUUUUGAUACCCUCCUCACGUUAACUCACGAGGAGAUCCUCUCGGUGUUAUCACAUGAGCUCGGCCAUUGGUACCAUAAUCAUCUGGUGAAGUCGAUGACAGCGGCAAGUGCUCAUCUGUUCGUCAUCAUGUACGCCUAUGGAAUCUUCGUACAGCGAUAUGGGGUGCAACUAUUGAGCGACUUUGGCUUCCCUACAAUGCCUGACGGAUCGGUCCCAGCGAUGGUGGCGUUGAUGCUAUUCACCCGACUAUGGCAGCCGAUCGAUCAAGCUAUUGACGUUCUGAUGACCGUCCAAACCAGGACAUUCGAGUUUCAAGCCGACCGUUUCUCAGUUGAUGAUGGUCGUAGUG